AUGGAGUUUGAUAACAUCCCACCGCCGCCAGAACGAAAACGCGUUAUAUCAUCACGGUUUGAUGAUUCCAAAGAUGAUGAAGAAGACGACAAAGAGAAUGAGUAUGAUGAGGAACAAGAUACAGAUGAGUUAUUCAAAGACAUUGAUGAUUAUCACUAUGAUGGUAAUGAUGACGAUGAUGAUGAUGAUGGUAAUAGUGGUGCUAUAGUUGUGAGCCGAACGGGAGAUCAUCAAGACCUUGACUUCCUAGAUGACACGCAUAAUGAAGAAGUUGAGGACGUUCAUCCUCAGGGGGAGUCAUCAUCAGGUACUAAACAUUCAUCUACUCCUAAAGUUAUAUUCUUACAACAUGAUGUUGAAGAAGGAGAAUUAGUUGUGAAUUGGACGAGGGAGCCAAUGAAAGAAGCUCUAGGUAUGAAUGAUGAAGACAAGUUCACAUUUGAUUUUGAGAAAGACAUAGAGUAUAAUGCUCCUGAUGAUGAAUAUGUAUUUAAGAUGGUUGAUGAUGCUGACAACUUUAACGAUGUGGUGACCGAAGAUGAUUCUGAUUCUGACCAUGAAGAACAGUUGCAUUAUUCAGAUAAUUUGAAGAGACAGAUCGUUGAAAAGCUUGGUGAAGAAGGUAUUCCCAGGAAGCUUUCAAAGGAAGAACUUCGAGAGGAACGUAAGAAAUGGUUCAAACCAAUGCCAGGGGAACAUCUAAAGACGUUUCCAUGUUGGGACGUUAAAGAGUUGGUUAAAAUGAAGAAUAUUCAACAACUCGAAUGGGGUCCUAAAGUGAGAUACUAUGAGUCGAAGCUAUGGUAUUACAUUCAUGGGCAAGCACGUGAUCAUUUUCCAGAAUGGAAACCAUAG